AAUUAUUUAGAAUCAUUAAUUUCAUUUUCAUUAAAAUCAUCUUCAAAAUGUGAUUCAUUGAUCUCAGAUAAUUUAAAUAACCCAUCCAACCAAUCAAAUGAUACAAUUGUUAUGAAGAGUACAUCAUCUUUUUUUACAAGACCAAACUUUGUAAAUUAUUAA